AUGUCAGGCCUCGAAGUGAUCGGUGGUGUUUCUGCUGUCAUUUCCAUCCUCGAUACCUCGAUUAGAUUAUACAACAGUGCUCAGCAUGAUUUCAAAUUGUCUGCAACAUUCAAAGCUGUUGGACGCCGGCUCCCAGUUCUUCGCCAUACCCUCGAGACUUGCAAAAGCCAUCUAGAACUGAGAAAAGAUACAAUACCUCAAGACGUCUCCGAAGCCUUAGAGAAGAUUCUUGACAAUUGCGAGACAAACUCUUCAAAUUUGAAAAGUAUUUUUGAGAGGAUUGUACCCUGUGAAAGCGAUACAUGGGAACAACGAUAUUCGAGGCUCCUUCGCAGACUUGGCAAAGGAAAUAAGGUCGAAGAGCUUAUGGCAUCAAUCAACGAAGACGUUCAACUUAUUGUUAACUAUGAUGCGGUCCUGUCUGGAAAGACGCCCAACGCCCCUCAUUUUGAAGACUUCAGUUUCCGCGGGCCUAUUGGCUGUUGUUUAGGGCAAGCACCUUACCUUGCCUCAGAACACUUCGUGGGACGUAGUCGCGAGCUUUACGAGAUCGCACGAAUUUUGCAGCCUCUUCAUACCUUUCAAAAGCAACAGCGCCUAUUUCUCGGCGGCAUGGGUGGAAUUGGCAAGACCGAGCUUGCCAUUGCUUACGCAAAGUCUCAUGGAGGAUCUUAUGAUUCAGUGCUUUGGCUGAAUGCACAAUCCGAGGCCGCACUAAAAGAUAGUCUACGGUUUAUUGCUUCUCUCAUCUUCUCCGUACAGGACCCCGGUGUUUUAGAAAGGAGUGCAAUUCCUGGGCGUGUAUAUCGGUGGUUAUCUGACUCAAGAAACACUAGGUGGCUUUUGAUCUUUGAUAAAUAUGAUGACCAGAGUCAAUUUGAGAUCAGCGACUAUUUCCCAUCAGCUUCUCAUGGAGCUAUUAUCGUCACCACUCGAGCGCUAGAUCUUGCUGGAAAUACUCUGCAUAUAAAACCUUUAUCGAAAGUUGCGGAUAGUCUUAGAAUUCUGCAAAUCUGGUCAAAGGAAGACAACGUGCAAUCAGAUCUAUCCGCAAAGCGCCUCGCUGAGCAACUUGGUGGCUUUCCUCUUGCUUUAGCCGCCGCUGGGACUUAUGUUCAGCUAACAGGUUCUACUUUCGAGCGCUACCUGCAAGAAUAUGAAGCUCUUUGGAAUAUUGAUCCUAAUCGCCGCGCCCUACUCCAAGAGUAUCGUGAAAAUACACCCUACACGACCUGGGAUCUAUCAUACGCGCAUCUCAAAACAGAGGAUUCAGACGCCGUUAAAUUACUAAGUGUGCUAGCCUACUUCGAUAACCAAAAUGUUUGGUACGAACUCUUCUAUGCUGGAGUUAGAGAAGGUUCUCCGAAGUGGCUUCAUAAUGUGGUCACAAGUAACGUGAGCUUCUGCGGAGCGAUUGAUGUCCUGACCCAAUACUUCUUUCUAGAAGUUGAUUCAUUGUCAGGAUCAUGGCACAUGCAUAAAUAUGUACACGACUGGACACUAGCAACUCUCAACAAGAACAUUGAUAGAAGCUAUUACUGGUACGCCGUGGACUGCGUUAAUGCGUGUAUCGCGGGGGUGGAAGAGCAUUCGCUUGGAGAUUUCUCUUUCUCUCGUAUCGCUCGUCAUGCAGUACGACUAGCAGAACAGCGUUUUCUCGAAAACUAUACGAUCUCUGAUGCUACGCCUGGUCAACUGGAUAAGAUAGCACGGAUCUCACUACUACUCCGACACCAAAUGCAGUUUGAUAAGGCGGAACAGAUGUACACGCACGCGCUAGCUAGGUACGAGAAAGUGCUAGGACCGGAUCAUUUAUCAACCCUUGCUACUGUUCACUCUAUCGGGUGCCUAUAUCGUGCGCAAGGCAAGCCGAACAAGGCGGAGCAAAUGUUCCUACGAGCGCUAGCUGGGAGAGAGAAAGCACUAGGACGAGCCGACACGUCGACCCUUACCACUGUCACUAAUCUGGGGAUCCUCUAUCGAGGCCAGAGUAAGCUGCAUAAAGCGGAGCAGGUGUUUGUACGGGCUCUAGCUGGACGACAGAAAGCACUAGGACCAGACCACAUAUUAACUCUCACGACCUUAAGUGAUCUUGGGAUCCUUUAUCGUGAACAAGGUAAGCUGAAUAAGGCGGAGCGGAUAUUCAUACGGGCGUUGAAUGGAAAGGAGAAGGUGCUAGGUCUAGGCCAUGCAUCAACUCUUGCCACUCUCAAUCAUAUCGGAAUCCUUUAUCGUGACCAAGGCAUACCCAACAAGGCGGAGCUGAUGUUCAUGCGGGCGCUAGAGGGAAGAGAGAAAGUGCUAGGACCGGAUCACUCGUUGACCACCGCUACUAUAAAUCAUCUCGGGAUUUUAUAUCGAGGACAGGGCAAGCUGAAUGAAGCAGAGCAGAUGUUUUUACGGGCGCUAGCUGGGUAUGAAAAAGCACUAGGACCGGACCACAGAUUAACCUUUCAAGCCGUGAACAAGCUUCAGAUGCUAUAUAUUGACCAGGGCAAGUUGGAUAAGGCAGAGCAGAUGAAGAUGCGAGCGCUUUAG